GGCUUCCGCACUACGUGAUUAUGCUGCCAACACCAUGACUGAGUUCUUACACAUGUUUGGCUAUGAUGACAAGCAGGGUAGGGAUGAGCUGGCCAGGAAGAUCAGCUUUGAAAAACUGAAAGCAGCUACCUCAGAUCCCUCCUCCCUGAGCAAUGAGGAGGCCACCCGUAGAGCUCGCUUCUCCAAGUAUGAGGAGUACAUCCGCAAGCUGAAGGCUGGGGAAACCCUGCCCUGGCCUAUGCACACCAAGCCCGAAGAGCUCAAUUCCAAAAUGGAGAAGAGCACUGCCCUCAUCCAGCCAGCCCUCACAGGGUCAGAGGGUCAGAUAUUUCCAUCCGGAAUGGACCACAAACAAAGCUCGCUCAAUCCAGCCCCAACCAACCCAUCACACAUCCAGAACCUGGCCUCCCGCGCCUCCAAGUACGAUUACUUCAUCCAGAAGCUGAAGAUGGGCGAGAGUCUCAGACAGCAGAACGGCAAUUCCUAUAAGCGGCCCUCCAAGUAUGACUUGGAGAAUGUCAAGUUCCUGCACCUCUUUAAACCCGGCGAGGGCAACCCUGACAUGGGUGGCGCAAUUGCUUUUAAGACCGGCAAGGUUGGCAGGCCGUCAAAGUAUGAUAUACGAAACAUCCAGAAGCUCAUUCCUGGGAAGGUUGAUCCUCCGAUGAUGCCGAGCAUUCUCCCAGCUACGGCAGGAACCCCAGGAACACCAGUCAUCAAUACAGCUGCUCCUGCGGGGGUCGUGGGACCUCCCGGGACCGUAGACCAGGUGGGCCACCUCGGCUUUAACACUGACCACAUGAAGUCCAGCUUCUCCAAGACUGACUCCAUCACUACUGGAACCGUCUCCUCAGUCAAGAACGGCCUACCUCCUGAGAAACCUGCCACAGAGGACGUCAACGUGUACCAGAAAUAUAUCGCCAGGUUCUCUGGGAGCCAACACUGUGGCCAUGUGCACUGUGCUUACCAGUACAGAGAGCAUUAUCACUGCAUGGACCCCGAAUGUAACUAUCAGAGAUUCACCAGUAAGCAGGAUGUGAUAAGGCAUUAUAACAUGCAUAAGAAGCGGGACAACUCCCUGCAGCAUGGAUUCAUGCGCUUCAGCCCUUUGGAUGACUGCAGUGUGUACUACCACGGCUGCCAUCUCAACGGCAAGAGUACCCACUACCACUGCAUGCAGGUGGGCUGCAACAAGGUGUACACAAGCACUUCUGAUGUCAUGACUCAUGAGAACUUCCAUAAGAAAAAUGCACAGCUGAUCAACGAUGGCUUCCAGAGGUUCCGGGCCACUGAGGAUUGUGGGACGGUUGGGUGCCAGUUCUAUGGGCAGAAGACCACCCACUUCCACUGCAGACGUCCAGGCUGUACCUUCACCUUCAAGAACAAGUGUGACAUCGAGAAGCACAAGAGCUAUCACAUCAAAGACGACGCUUAUGCCAAGGACGGCUUUAAGAAGUUUUACAAAUAUGAGGAAUGCAAGUACGAAGGCUGCGUCUACAGCAAGGCCACCAACCAUUUCCACUGCAUACGCCAAGGCUGCGGCUUCACCUUUACCUCCACCAGCCAGAUGACCUCACAUAAGCGCAAGCAUGAGCGCCGCCACAUUCGCUCCUCGGGAGUGCUGGGCCUCAGUUCCCCCUUCCUGUUGCCCAAAGAGGAACUGGAAGAGUCCAGCAAUGAUGACCUCAUGGACUACUCAGCCAUUAGCAGCAAGAACUCCAGCUUAAGUGCUUCUCCAACAACCCAGCAGUCCUCUAGCAUACCGCACAUGCUGACCACUCCCACCACCACCAUGUCCUCCAGCCACAGCGUCAAGCCAACCACCGCUCUGCCUCCAGCCAGCCGUAUUUCCACCCUACUGUCCCAGGCUUUGCCCAGCAAUGUGCCCAUGGCCCUAGCACUUUCCAAUAGUGCACUGGCAGGUGCUUCCAACCCCUUCUUCCCCCUCAUUCCCAGAAUGCCCAUGUCGCUCACGCCCUCUACCGCCGGUCUGAUCUCUGCCGUCACCUCCGGAGGUCACUCCAUGCCCAGCGAUUCUCUACCCCAGACCUCCACCCCGACUGGGGACCCAGCCGCUGCUACUGUAGCAUCCACACCAACUUCUUUUGCUGCUUCAUCCAUUAUGGAGAAGAUGUCGGCCAGCAAGGGUCUAAUAUCGCCCAUGAUGGCCCGACUGGCAGCCGCUGCCCUGAAGUCCUCCAUUAACCUGGAUGAAGGGAUGGGGCAGCCGGCUCAGACAGGCCGGUUUAAUCCGGUGGAGGUGAAGCAGGAGCCGGUGGACGGUGCUUCCGCAGCCUCCCAGGAGUCGGUCCAGGAGCACAGCCUGGACCUGAGCAAGAAAGACCACAGCGCUGAAUCAAACGGACACCCUAUGCUGGGAAAUACAUCUCUUUUAUCCUCACUUAUGAAUAAGAUGAAUCCUGGUUUCUUCGGUGCUUUGGAUCUGAAGUCAGAGCUGGAGGGAGCUCAGGUGGCAGACGGCUCAGACGCAGCUCAUUAUCUCAGUAGGGUAAUGAAGAGGUCAGACCCAGAAAAACACACUGAGCAGUGGAGGACCUACCUGCGCAGGUAUGACACUGACGAUUUCUGUGAAGCCCCGUGUGAUUUCUUGCACAAGAUACAUUUUCAUUGCCUAGUGGAAGAUUGUGGGGCGCUUUUCAGCACGGUGGACGGAGCCAUCAAACACGCCAACUUCCACUUCAGAGCCAACCUGAAGGUUAAAUCAGAGCCCCCUUUCAACGAGAGCAAGGAAUCCAAUGAUAGCGCCCCUAAUCAAAUGGCUGCCCCCAUUUCCAUGGCCAAGACGCCUCCCAUGGAGGUGCCCAGCCUGGCUGUGUCUGGGGGCUACAGCUCUUCCCCUUCUCUCCAAGCAUGGAAGCAGCUUGCUGGAUCGAUCCCCCAACUUCCCGCCUCCAUGCCCAGUAUGCCAGCCACUUCCCCUCUGGCCACCACCUCGCUGGAAAAUGCCAAGCCUCAGGUCAAGCCUGGCUUCCUUCAGUUUCAGGAGAAUGAUCCUUGUCUGGCCACAGACUGCAAAUACUCGAAUAAGUUCCACUUCCACUGUCUGUUUGGAAAUUGCAAAUAUGUGUGUAAGACAUCCGGGAAGGCUGAAUCACAUUGCCUGGACCACAUUAACCCCAACAACAACCUGUUGAAUGUGCGAGACCAGUUCUCCUACUAUUCUCUGCAGUGUCUUUGUCCUAACCAGCACUGUGAGUUUCGCAUGAGGGGCCAUUAUCAUUGCCUGAGACCCGGCUGUUUCUUCGUCACCAACAUCACCACCAAACUUCCCUGGCACGUCAAGAAGCACGAGAAAGCUGAAAGACGUGCCGCUAACGGCUUCAAAUACUUCACCAAGAGAGAAGAAUGUGGCAGACUAGGGUGCAAAUACAACCAAGUUAACAGCCACUUCCAUUGUAUCCGUGAGGGCUGUCAGUUCUCCUUCCUGCUCAAGCACCAGAUGACCUCCCAUGCCCGCAAACACAUGAGGCGGAUGCUGGGUAAAAACUUUGACAGAGUUCCUUCCCAGAUGGUCUCUCAUGGCAACCGACCUGAAGAGAUGCAGCACAUGGCCAGUCUAGCUUCGUCCGGUGUGGUAGGCAGCCACCCUGGUCUGACCCUCAACUUCUCCAGCAUGAUGGACGACAAUGAUGACUACAUGGAUUACACCGGUGGAGGAAGCCCACUGGGUCUCUCCUCAGAGUCCUCCAACCAAGACCGCAGUUGCACCAGCACCCCUGUGGGCAACGAUAGUUCGCCAGCAGGACCAGGCUGUCAGGUCCCUGCCACCACUACCUCUGCUGACUCUCCUCCUUCUUCUCAAUCUGCACCUCCUCCUCCACCUCCUCAUCAGCCUGCGCUCCAGAGUCAGCCUCCAUCUCUCUCCUCGGCUCUUCUCCGGCCACCACUCCCUUCGCUCCCAUAUCUCCUCUCCCCAUCCUGUCUGUCAUACUCUCUGCUCAGCGCCUCUCUUGGAGCCACUAGGAGUGUUGUCAUGCCAACCAACACACCAGCUUUCAGCCCCAUCAUUCCUACUUCGUCUUCAGUUAAAAAUGACGUCCCUAUAGUGCAGGACGCUGCAGGUAACACCAUCUCUAUUCCGACGGCAACUGGGGCCAAGAAACGCUUCUGGAUCAUUGAGGACAUGUCACCCUUCGGCAAGCGUCGCAAGACCGCUUCAUCUCGCAAGAUGCUGGAUGAAGGCAUGAUGUUGGAAGGGUUCCGCCGCUACGACCUUUAUGAGGACUGCAAGGAUACGGGCUGUCAGUUCUCCUUGAAGGUAACUCACUAUCACUGCACGCGGGAGAACUGCGGCUACAAGUUCUGCGGCCGCACCCACAUGUACAAGCAUGCCCAGCACCACGACCGCGUGGACAACCUGGUCCUGGAUGAUUUCAAGCGCUUUAAGUCUUCGUUGUGCUGCAACUUCCCCGACUGCCAGUUCUCCGGCAACAGCACCCACUUCCACUGCCUGCGCUGCGGCUUCCGCUGCACGGACAGCACGAAGGUGACGGCGCACCGCAAGCACCACGGCAAGCAGGAUGUGAUCAGCGCAGCCGGAUUCUGCCAGUUCAGCUCCAGCGUGGACUGCGAAGUGGUUGACUGCAAGUACAAGCUCAAGUGUUCGCAUUUCCACUGCACUUACCCAGAGUGCAAGCACACAGUGGUGGGCAUGUCACAGAUGGAUUCCCACAAGCGUAAGCAUGAGAAGCAAGAGAGGGGAGAGCUGCCUUCUGUUUCCCCCAACCAGGAGGGAAACCACCAUCACCACCAUGCAGGUCUAGCCGUGCCCCCAAUGCACAUGAAUAUGCCCCCAACCUCACCUGGCACACCGGGGCUGACCCACAAGAACAUGGCCAUGUACCUCCAUUCGGCAGGGGCCUCCAGUGAGUAUGAGCAUCUGGGCCUUGACAGCUCUCUGAACCUGGGGACAGACACCAACAGCUCCUUGUUCUUCCUGAAAAAUGCUGCUGGGUUGGGCCUCAGUGACUCCAUGGACCUGAGCAAAAAGAUGUACCGGGAGCCACUGUCCCUUGCCACCAGCUCUGGCCCUGCUGCUUCAAUGGGCCUGAGCCACCCCCAGGAUGACACUACUGGCACAUCCGGCGACCCAGAAGAUGACCUGUCAGCUGAGGAAGAGCCGAUAGCCGAGGAGGAUGACGACGAUGAUGACGAUGAAGAGGAGGAGGAUAUGAAUACAGACUCGUAUGAAGAUUCAAUGCCAGAGCCAGAAGUAGACAAAGACAAUGGAGAGAGUUUUGAUGCUUCCAUGAACCAUGCUGAGACUUCCCAACUGGAUAAAGAGGAGCCGGAGGCUGGGCCCUAAUCUAUGCUGUAGAAGGAGAACUAUGAAUUCCCUGAACAAACGCAAGUUUGAGUGGCCUCAUUUAUCAUGCUUAGAGACACAGCAGAUGACAAGAAAAUAACCAACUACAAGAAAAGUGAAGGCCCAAAAUGAUUUAUUAUGAUGUUUACAAGAUGACCAACAUUAUUAAUUUAAUUAUGCAUUAAAAAAUGAACAGAGAAAUAGACAGACGAGGCCCUCUUUUACACAUGGGUGGCCAUGUAAACCUUUUCCUACACAUCAGUCUUUUGUGUGUGUGCAUGUUUGACUUUAAUUUAUUCAAUUUCAUUUGUUACUUUCUGUGUGUGGAAAAAAAAAAUACGUAAAAAACUAUCUCUCUAUAUAUGACUAUCUAUAUAAAGUAGAUGUGUGGAUGUUAAUGUACAUUUUAAUUGCAGUCACUGGAUUGCAGGACCCUUGUACCAACCAGAAACAGACGAAAUGCGUACAUUGCAGGAAAUCUUUUAUAAAGAAUGUUGCUCAAAUAAUUGAUUCAGAAACACCUUGUGUCAUUAUUCUUAUUGUUAUUGAAGUGCAGGGGCCUGCAUCAGUGCUUUGACUUGUAUGCUUCUCCGUUGAUUUUUUUAUUAUUAUUAUUUUUAUUUAGUUAUCACAGUUCUCACUUAAACCUGCUGUCAUGGUCAGUGGUGUCAUAGGCUCCAUUCCAUAUGGACAUUCGCCUGCAUCUUCAGGACAAACAAAAAGUGACCAGUGACUGCAAAGCUCCAGGCCAUAAAGCAGGCCGCUAGCUCUCACUUGAUUUCUGUUCCUUCUCCUUUUCUCAAUGAGACCCAUUUGGCAUUGCAUAUUCAUAGUGCACUUUUGUAUAGAUGAGAGCAGAUACUCAAGCCUCUAUUUAAGACGUUUUGUUAUCUUUUACAUUGAUUGCAUUACUAUGGCUUUUUGUUUGUUUGUUUUUGCAUUAUUCUCUAAUUGCACAGGCAUGACCAGAUGAUGUGGGGGUGUCUCACUGUAAAUGGGUCUGUUUCAAUGGCGAGAGUCGUCGCCCCCUGUGUUUCGGAGAGUUUGUAAUGUGAUGAUGGUGCUACUGCCCAGUAUGAAUGGGAGGAGAUUACAGCUAUGUCUUUGUUUUGAUCCAAAAAUAGAUGUCCUAAAGUGUCCAUCAAACACAGAGCAGGAGACGAGUGUCUCUGAAUGUAGGGAAAAGAUGUUUGUAGGUGUUAUUUUCCUUUCCUUUUCCCUUCGCAGUUUCUGUAGCAUGAAACGGAAAAAAAAACAAUAGUUGCAACAAAGUCUGAGGAUGGAGACUGGAUUUUCAAGCUUCUUUUUUCAGAAGCAUCAUAUAUCUAUUUCUAAAAGAAGAGGAAUCAUGGAGAGAGACUUUUUUUCUAGAGGGCUGAAUGGAGGACAGAAAUCACAGGCACCACGAUGAAUGCUGGUGAUGGAAAGUGUGUGAUUUUUUGUUGAAGUGUACAGACAGAAAACAUUGUUUCAAGCUUUUGUUUUCUCUUUACAACAGCUGUGGUUUCACCCCAAUAAUAAGAAGUUAUUUAAUAUUUAUGUGACCUUGCAAUGAGAAAAUUCUAGGGUGUUUUUGCACUUUUUAGGUUCAUUUUUACUUUUUGAAAUUAUUGCAUAUAUCUUUUAACAGGGAAUUUGCUUUACAAUGUUGUUUAGUUCACUUUGCUUUGAUGCACAAAUAGUCUUUCAGUGUGACGAAGAACUGUUGUUCUGUGUUUUAUUUAAGAAAAAAAAAAAGGGAAAAAAAAGUUUUUUUUCUUCGCUUCCAAGAUUGGAUGAUUUCAAUAUGAAACGGGCAUGCUAGAACCUGGCUUGUCUAACGAGUAACACUAAUGAUGACUGUAAUUUAAAUGAAUUCUAUACAGAGGAAAUUAUUGCAGUGCUUCGCUCCAAAUUAAAAAAAGAAAAAGAGAGAAGAAUGAUUUUUGUUUGCUUGGCCUCCAUUGAAUAUAAACAAGGAAACGCAAGGCGAGGAAAUGAUUAAUUAUUUCCUAAACACGGCUUUGAUCAUAAUAUAGGCAACUAAAUGUGUAGAUGGUUAUCUUCGACAAUUAUUGUUUCAGGAGAAAAAAAAAAGGUUGUAUAGUAUUUUCUUCUGUAAAAACUAUAUAUGAACAAAAAUGCUCUUUGAUUAAAAGCUUCCUUUAAAAAGAAAAUAAAAAGGAGAAAUAAAGAAUAAAAAGUUAAAAACUGAACUAACACCAGUAUAGUUUGCUUGUGUGUGUGUGUGCGUGACAGUAUGUAAGCGUGUAUGUGAGGUUUUAUUGUUAUUACCAUGGUUUCCCCAUAGUGGUAGAGGAAUUGGUGGUAAUUAAAUCUAUACGAGUCACAUUAUUGUAGCACUGAACAUUGGAGUGUAUUUCUACCUUUUACGCAACAAAGUCAUCAUUUUCAAAGCUGUAUAUCAUGUGCGAUCACAAUUACGAUGAUAUCUGCAUAAUUUAAUACCUUCCACAACUCUUUCGUUUGCUGUUGUUUUGGUGUUUGUUUUAUUUAAUUGAACUUAUGUAUUUUGCAUAUGGCAUGCCCCCUCACAGGCCGUUUGUUCUCUGGUCUCAAGUGCAAAGGCGCAGGACUCAGGACUGAAGCAGCUGUUUGCCUGGGAGAUACUGUGCACUUGAAUACAUUUUAUGUGUGUAAAAUAGCAGGAUUUGUAAAGAGUCGAAAUAAAGAAAUUCUAAUUAUUAUAACAAUGCAAA